ACGAUGUCAUUGCUAAAGUAUUAAAAUGAAAGAAAAAUUGUUGGUGUCUCGUAUCAGUAUUUUUUAAAUACAGAAAUAAGAGCUCUUAUACCUCUCUAGUGAUUAUAGAUAUUUAUGACUAAGGGAAUGUAACUGACUUCAACGUUUUUGUCAUUUGAAUAGUGAAUACGAAAACAAAAUUGUAUCAAUUCUUAUUGUUGCUAUUUACUGUUAUUAGAUAGUGUUACUUUUAAAAUAAUGAAUGACGAUCCAAGAGAAGUACUUGCUAUUUUAAAUUCAUUAGGAUUUAUUGGAAUUACUGCUCAACAACUUAAAGCGUUUAUGAAAGAUUUGAAGCUGUACAGGAAAAUAAAAGAACAUGAAAGGCAGCAGAGGAAAGAAGAAAUUAAAAAGAAAAUAAUGGACAAACAGCAAAGUAUGAUUAAAGAAAUUCUUAGAGAACACAAAACACACAAUUAUUCAAUUGAAAAUACAAUAUCUACUAAUUCUUCUAGUUCUUAUGUUGACAAUUCUCUUGUAAAGAUAAAUAUAAAAUGUUCAUCUAAUGAUAAAGAAAAUGAAAAAUCUAAUUCUGAAGAAAAUUUUGCAGUAACUAAACAAAAAUUAAAUAUAAUGAAAUCAAAACCUGAAUUUAAAGAGGUAUUUGAUCAUUAUAACAUUAAAUCUAACAGCGUAUCUUCUCAUAAGAAUGAUGUACCUCGAUUACAAAGUAAAACUACGUAUCUUAAAGGUUUGGAAAAAGAUGUUUGUACGAAGAAGCAGCAUCAAACAAAAGCAGAAUCUGAUAAAAUAACACGUCAUGAAAAAUCUGUACCUUUACAGUCUAUUCGUCCUAUGAGUGCUCCAAAUAUUUUAGAACAUGAACAAGAGCACUUUGGAAGUAGUCGAACAAAAAGUACAAUGUCUACAAAAUAUUCUCAAUCUGGUUCAAAGUCCUUUAUUAGGCCAUGGAGACUACAACCAGAAGUUCGAAAAGCUUUAAGUAUAAAAAAAUCUGAUCCUGUUACAAUGUAUCAAAAAUAUCAGCAAGAAUGGAAACAGAUGUCUUUUCCUGGUGAAGCUAAACAUUCAAGCGUAAGAUGGGCAAUUCGUGAAAAAAUGUUAGGAGGAGAUCCUCAUCCCAUGCCUGUUCCCAAAAAAUCUACGAGUAUGCCGAUGCUAAAAAGGAAAUGACCUCUCUUCAAUUAGGGACUAAAAUUUUUGUUAAGAGUAAAUAAUUAUAAAGAAAAUUACAUUAAUAACCAUGUUAGAUUAAGUAAUUAUAAGAAAAGGUUGUCUGCUGUUAUUAAAAAUAAAUACAAAUUAAUAUAUGUUAAACAAA